AUGGCGACGAUAAAGGAAUUCUUCCAGACAGGAACUGAAGAUGCCCGGCGCAAUUCUGGUGAUUCUAAGUCGGAGACAAAACACUUCGAGUCGGCCCCAAACACUGAUUACACACAUGACGCAGAUCUCGAAAAGGUCGGUGCCGUCACCAACAUGGGUGACAUAGCAGCCAGUAUCGAUGAUAUCCCAGUCAGCUGGUAUGUGUGGCUGGUAGCCUUGACAGCAUCCACAGCAGGCUUGCUAUUUGGAUAUGACACAGGUGUCAUCUCGGGGGCCACCACAUAUAUGGGUAGUGAUUUGACUGGUAGUCCCAUCACUAGCAAUCAAAAAGAAUUGAUCACAUCACUUUGCUCUGGAGGGGCAUUCUUUGGAUCAAUCUUUGCAGGUGCUACGGCUGAUCGAUUCGGCCGUAAAACGUCAAUCUAUUUAGGCUGUGCUCUCUUUAUCAUCGGGGCCGUCCUACAGGGAGCUUCCUUUACCAUUGCCCAAAUGGCAGUCGGACGUGUUGUUGUUGGCUUCGGGGUUGGAACAGCGGCCAUGGUCCUGCCGUUGUACGUUGCCGAGAUUGCGCCUGCCAAAGCCCGUGGAAAGCUCAUCGGAUUGAACAACAUGUCUAUCACGGGUGGUCAGGUUAUCUCAUACGCAAUUUGCGCAGCCUUUGCUAGUGUGGAUCACGGAUGGCGGUAUAUGGUAGCACUAGGUGCUGUCCCGGCCAUCGUACUCGCCGCACUGUUACCUUUUUGUCCCGAGUCUCCUCGUCAUCUCGUAUACAACUCUCGCGAGGAAGAGGCCCGAGUCAUCUUGCAAAAGAUCUACAAGGGGGCCAGCGAACUACAGAUAGAUGCAGUGCAGAUAUCAAUUCGAGGCGCCUGUGAUCAAGCUCGUGAGAUUAACGAAAGUGCCACUGCAUUUGGAAAAAUAAAGCAGCUUCACACCGUUCCCAGCAAUUUACGUGCUUUGAUUGUCGGUUGCGGAUUGAUGGUGGUUUCACAACUUUCUGGAUUCAACGGCCUGAUGUACUACAGCGGAACAAUCUUUGGGACUAUUGGUUUCAACGACCCAAUGGCUGUGGGUCUGGUUGUUGCCGGAACUAAUUUUAUGAUGACCAUAGUGAACGCUCUGGUGAUUGAUAAGGUGGGCCGCAGACGCCUUCUUCUUUCCACAGCCUGGGGUAUGUCAGCUGGCAUGAUAGCGAUAGCAGUUGCAUUCCAUUGGAUUCCAUUCGAUCUAUCGUCAGGAACAUUCGAAUCAACAAACGGCAUAUCGGGUGCCUCGAUUGCGCUAAUUAUAUUCAUCAUUUGGUUUGUUGUAUUCUACGGGGUCUCUGUGGGAAACACAGCAUGGAUGAGUACCGACUUCUUCCCACUGGAGGUACGUGCCAUGGGUACCAUGUGGCUUACAUGCUCCAACUGGGGCAGCAAUGUAAUCGUCUCCAGCUGUUUUCUUUCUAUGAUGGAAACCAUGACACCAUCUGGCGCUUUUGGUUUCUUUGCAGGAAUCUGUGGAGUGGGUUGGAUUUGGAUCUACUUUUUCUAUCCAGAAACAUCUGGACUCCUACUUGAAGAAGUUCAAGAGGUUUUCGAGCAUGGCUUUGGAGUAAAGUAUGCUAGAAAUUUGCGACGGGAACGUAGAAAACUCAUUGAAGAGCGAAUUUGGAGCCAGGAAAAGCCCGUGGCUAUGGGACAUUAA